AUGGACUCUCCACUCGGCAGCUGGCGCGAGCUUUCAGCCCAUGAGGAUCCAGUGAGCGCUGGGGAGGAUGCACUGGUGGGCCGAGUCUUCACUUUAGGAAGCAGCGACGACAUCGAGGCCAAAGAGCCUUUCCCUGGUGCGCGGGGGUCGCCGCAGCGGCAGCACGAGAUGUCUAUCGCCAGCUUCGGGUGCACGACGGGUCGCGACGUUGAGUGCACCAUGCUUCGCAUAGAGGAGCAGCUGCGGGAAGGUUUGAGCCGCAGCGAAGAGAUGGGAGAGCGGAUGUUGCGGAAGCAGGCGGAUGUCCAGUCAAGCAUGUCAAAGCGCUUGGACGAGCUUUCCGCUCGACCGGCGCAGAUAAGCACCGAAGAGUUGGGCCGAUUCCUCGCCGACGCCACCAUACGCUCCGUGGACUCAGUCCUGCGCCAGUUUGAGGCAAGGAUAGAAAGCCGCCUGGCCCGUCAAGAGGAGGCGCUGCAGAAGCAGCAGACGCUCAACAAUGCCCAGCUGGAGCAGCUCUUGUCGCAGGACGGCAUGAAGCUGGCGCCCUUGCUGGAGGACUCCUCGACCAGCCUCGUCAGAUUCUUGAAUGAUGGCCUCUCUGCCGUCACGGAUCGCUUCGAGAAGAGCUCGGAGAGCCUGAGGAAGACUGUGCAAGCCGACCUGGCGACGAUCAACGGCCGUUGUGAGAUCAUGACGGACGCGGUGCAUGAAUGCAAUCGGUCUCAGGUCCAGGCGCAGGAAGAGCUCCGCCAUUUCCUGCGCCGCUUCCAGCAGGAGCUUCAGUUUCUCCAGCCCGCUCAGGAUGUUCCUGUGGAUGUGUCGCCGGAGCUUCAAGAGCUGCGAGGCUCGGUGGAAGGAGGGUUCAACCACCUUUCCGAUCGAAUGCUCAUCCUCCGACAAGAGCUCAUGGAGGUCUAUUCCAUUGUAGCCGACCUCGGAGCUUGCCGUGAGAAGAGCUUCUAUGAGGCCGUGGGUCGGCAAAGUCGUGAGAGUCUCCUUGCAGAGCGCAGCCGACAUCACAGCUCUGAGAUCCAGUGCAACUCUGCCCCUCAGCCCUCGCUGCCGCAAUCGAAGCCGGCGUCACGUCGAAGCUCGACGCCGACCUCGCGGCCCCAAUCCGGAGGCGCUGCGCCAACGGAGGUGCCCGCCCCCGAGUGCGAGGUCGCCGCCGACGAGGUGGCGCCUGAGGCAGCCGGCAGCUGUGUGAGGGAAGCACUGCGGAUCGGCUACAGCCACUUGGGACACAUCGACAGCGCGUACAUCUACUGGAACGAAGCGGAAGUCGGUAAGGCCCUUAGCACAUCGGUCGGCUCCGGGCAAGAAGUGUCGCGGGAGGAGCUCUUCGUGACCUCGAAGCUGUGGAACACCCACCACGACCCGUCUCUGGUGGAAACUGCAUGCAAGUCCUCCCUGCAGAAGAUGGGCCUGGACUACUUUGACCUCUACCUACUUCACCACCCCUAUGCAUUCAGCCCUCAGCCGCCCGGCGGGAAUGACUUUCCACUGGACCCGGACGGCUUCCCGGCCUUUGCGGACAUCCCUCUGACGGACACCUGGGCAGCCAUGGAGGCUCUUGUAUCCAAAGGGCUUGUCCGCAGCAUCGGCGUGUCAAACUGUGACGCAGCCCAACUUACUACCAUCCUAGACUCCUGCUCCAUCCGCCCAUCUGUGAAUCAGGUCGAGUGCCACCCGUACACAGACCAGUCUUCCCUCCAGGCCUUUUGUCGCGAGCACGGCAUUCUCCUCACGGCCUUCAGCGCCCUUGGCUCUGCCGACUCCCCGUGGCGCCAGCCUGGGGCUCAUUUGGUCCCCAAGGACCCUCACCUUCUCUCCGACCCGGUCGUCUGCAACAUCGCUUCCAGUAUCGGGAAGACCCCUGCGCAGGUCCUCCUGAGGUACAACAUCCAGCUGGGCAAUGCAGUUAUCACCAAGAGCAUCCACCCAGACCGCCUCGCAUCGAACUUCGAGGCUCUCGCCGGGAGCUGGGAGUUGUCGGAAGAGCACAUGGCGGAGCUCCGGGGCUUGGGAGCAAGCAGGGCGUACCAGUUCGGACACGUGCCGUGCUCGACCGAACGGCCGGCGUCCUGUGUGUACGACUGGGACGAGCUCGUGCGCCGGGGCUGCCACUGGCUGUUUAUGAGCCCCAAGGCAUAUGCAGGGCAGCAUGGCAAGGUGAAGGACUAUCUGGACUUGCAUCACCAUCAGUAG